UCCCUCCUCCCGUCCUCCCUCGCCCCGCAUGCUCCCGGCUUGCCGCCUGCAGGAUGAGUUCCACCCGUUCAUCGAGGCGCUGCUGCCUCACGUCCGCGCCUUCUCCUACACCUGGUUCAACCUGCAGGCGCGGAAGCGCAAGUACUUCAAGAAGCACGAGAAGCGGAUGUCGAAGGACGAGGAGCGGGCGGUGAAGGACGAGCUGUUGGGCGAGAAGCCCGAGAUCAAGCAGAAGUGGGCAUCCCGGCUGCUGGCCAAGCUGCGCAAAGACAUCCGGCCCGAGUUCCGAGAGGACUUUGUGCUGACCAUCACAGGCAAGAAGCCCCCCUGCUGCGUGCUCUCCAACCCCGACCAGAAGGGCAAGAUCCGGCGGAUUGACUGCCUGCGCCAGGCCGACAAGGUGUGGCGGCUGGACCUGGUCAUGGUGAUUUUGUUUAAGGGGAUCCCCCUGGAAAGUACUGAUGGGGAGCGGCUCUACAAGUCGCCCCAGUGCUCGAACCCCGGCCUGUGCGUCCAGCCACAUCACAUUGGAGUCACAAUCAAAGAACUGGAUCUUUAUCUGGCUUACUUUGUCCACACUCCGGAAUCCGGACAAUCAGAUAGUUCAAACCAGCAAGGAGAUGCGGACAUCAAACCACUGCCCAACGGGCACUUAAGUUUCCAGGACUGUUUUGUGACUUCUGGGGUCUGGAAUGUGACGGAGCUGGUCAGAGUAUCACAAACUCCCGUUGCGACAGCAUCAGGGCCCAACUUCUCGCUGGCAGACCUGGAGAGUCCCAGCUACUACAACAUAAACCAGGUGACCCUGGGGCGGCGGUCCAUCACGUCCCCUCCUUCCACCAGCACCACCAAGCGCCCCAAGUCUAUCGAUGACAGCGAGAUGGAGAGCCCUGUCGAUGACGUCUUCUAUCCUGGGACAGGCCGCUCCCCAGCGGCUGGCAGCAGCCAGUCCAGCGGGUGGCCCAACGAUGUGGAUGCAGGCCCGGCUUCUCUAAAGAAGUCAGGAAAGCUGGACUUCUGCAGUGCCCUCUCCUCUCAGGGCAGCUCCCCGCGCAUGGCUUUCACUCACCACCCGCUGCCUGUGCUUGCUGGAGUCAGACCAGGGAGCCCUCGGGCCACGGCGUCAGCGCUGCACUUCCCCUCCACAUCCAUUAUCCAGCAGUCGAGCCCGUACUUCACGCACCCGACCAUCCGCUACCACCACCACCACGGGCAGGACUCGCUGAAGGAGUUUGUGCAGUUCGUGUGCUCAGAUGGCUCGGGCCAGGCCACUGGACAGCAUUCGCAACGACAGGCGCCUCCUCUGCCAACCGGUUUGUCAGCAUCGGACCCCGGGACGGCAACUUUCUGAACAUCCCACAGCAGUCUCAGUCCUGGUUCCUCUGAUAAGAUCGACAAAAGAAAUGACAAAAUGAAAAGAAGAGGUUCCUCAGACGGGGGGAGAAGAAAUUUUGAGACGUGGAAAAAAAAAUCCCCCAGCCCAGCCCAGCCCAGCCCAGCCCCACCGAAAAGCAAAAAUUAGACGUCGUCAGCCACUCAGCCCUUCUCUCCUCCAGCCCAGGGACCCCUGCAGGCCCCCCGAAGCAACCCAGUUCUCGGAGAGCCCUCAGAAGAGGUCUCAGCGGAGCUGUGCACCAGCAGUCAAGCAGAAAGAAACAUGCAAAACGGACUCUGCCAAGCAGAGGACAGAAAGAAAGGAUGCAGCAGAACUGCCUUCCUCCCCCAUCCCGUCCCGGCCUUCUGGGGAAGGAACGAAAUCCCCAAACAAAGCAACCAGCACCGUUCCGAAGGGGCCUGUCCCCCACGCUCGCCCUUCCUGGGGGAACCCCACCUUCAACUGGGGCCAGAGCUUCACUAGGGAGCUCAGAGGAUCAGCUUGUAAAGAUGAGGGGUGCAGAUCCAGAGGGCGCUCCCCUCCAGACCCUGCCUUGGCCCUCCCUGACCGCCAUCGCCUCUGGCUUCUUCCCCCAACUGCUCCAGACCAGGAGAGGCAGGGUGGCCUUUGCGUCCCCCUGGCUAGAAGCCCCCGGGUGGGCAGGGGGUGUCCCCUGGAGCUAGUUUUGUGCUCUCGGAAUGGAGGGUGUUUUGCCACCCCAUCCUGAGCCGCAGGGGUAGUUCCCAGGGCCCCAGACCCCUCUGUACAGUCCAUAGGAAAAAGAAUACUCUCGAAGGUCCCGUCCCAGCCUGGGACAGGCCCUCUCUUCCCUCUCUCCGCAGGCAGGCAGGCUGGGAAGGUCGCCCUCCUGCCAUGACCCGAGUGAGGGGAGAUGUGCCCCAGGUCGCCCCCACACCCCAGCCCGCAUGCAGGUGCCCUCUCACCACCCCAUCGGUCCCUGCCCCUGCCCCUCAUGCAGACAGCCCUGCUGUGGCCGGGCCGGAGAGUGGAGCAGAAAGGGGACCCUGGAUCGGAGCGAGGAGAUCGGGCGGCCGCCGCUGCCCCCUGCUAAGCAGCCACCUGCGCUAGGUAGGCGUCCUGCUCGCCCACUUUCAGUUCCUUUGGAGGGUGUUGGGUGUCGUCCUUUUUCAAAAGUGUUUUGGAGCUUUCUCUGCCCCCCCCCCCACAUUGCCCCCUUGGCCACUUCUCUCUGGAUUUCAGCUGUAAUGUCUUUACUCUUUAUUUCGGGGUGGGGCAUUCAUUGUUUGGGUCUUUUGCUGUUGCAAUUGGGAACUCCUCCUCCAUUUGAGCAACUUGGGAACAAUUUGGUAACAUAUCACAGGAAGUAGCUCCCCCUCACUGCAGCCCCCUCUUCCCUCAAGGGAAGGUAGGGGGCCUCUUCAGAGGGUCUUCAGAAGCCCCCCUGCGAGGGAGGGAGCACGAGAAUGCCCAGCCCGGCUCCAGGGUGUGACUUGGCCCCUCUGGCUUGUCUUUCUGUGCCUUACUCCUUCCUGCCUGCAUCUCCCCUCCUAGACCCCUUUCUAAGUCCUUGUGCCUCUCUCUUUCUCUCUCUUAACUGUAUGAAAACACAAAGCACAGGUCAGGAUCCUCCGAAAGUCAAUCAACCCAACAUUGCACCGCAGGGGUGGGUUAUGGGCUUUAUUUAUUGUGAAUCUAGUGUGUGAGGCUGGGGCCCAGUAGGCGCGGGGAAGAAAGGAGGGGAGGGAGCUGUCUGGGGAGGAGGGGUGGGCCUUCACCUGGGGCAGAGGGGGCCAGCAGGUGGUGCCUCCGCCCCAGUCGGAAGCCACAAGGUUGCUGGCCCCAGGAGUAGCUUUUGUUGGAUGUUGAGAGAAGGCCCUCCCCCAUCCGCGUGCGGCCCUCGGGGAGCACGGGGACUGAGAAGCAGGGGACUGGGGACCCCGCGGGAGCCUGCCGGG